AUGAAACGAGACGUAGAGAGCAUGUAUCGUCGCGAUGAAGCGAGUAGAAGAAGCGCAAACUCGCUCUCGAUCAUGUGAGAAAAAGAGAAAUAGAGAGAGAAAAGGAGAGGGAAAGAGAAAGAGGAAAGAAGAGAGAGAACGGAUCGUACUCGCGCGCGCGACGAUCCCAGAUGGAAGGACGAAGGGGCGGCAAAGAGGGUGGCUAGAGGGCCUGGAAGGGUGCCUAGGACGCGACGCGGUGGGGGUGAGUCAGGAUUGGCUUUUCGCGAAUGUGAAACUCACUAGUACGCUACCACCCACGCACGUAGUACGCACGUUCGCUCCACGUGUGCUCCGUCUAAAAGUUAUCCCCGUUUCUCUCGCAUCCAACGUGCGAUCAGUAACAACGAGAGAGUUUUUCUUCAGGAACAAGGAUUCAACGCAUCCCGCGAUGUAACUCGGAAUAAACCAUCUCUGCCGCAAGUAUAUCCAGCUGGGAAGAUAUUCAAUCACAGAGAGAAAGAAAGAGAGAGAUAAGAGAGAGAGAGAAUUGUCAGUUACUGAGGAAAAUUCGAAGAUAAAUAAUGAAGAAAAAUUACAUGUCAAUUGUCAUAUCAUAACGAAAUAUUACAUAAAACGGAGAUGGAGCGUGCGAUUAGAAUUUACACUUGUGGAUGUCAUCACCGGGACGUAUAAAGUGAGAACGAGAGAUCUCCUUUUUUCUCUCUCUUAUCGAAGAAAACACAUUCACGAGGAUAAACGAGAGCACAAUUGGGCGAAUGUCACGAGACACGAUAUGAUAUAAAAAUUUUUGGCAUUGUCUAUUAUCAAGAAAGAAAGUGAGCCAAUACGAUCUUCUAUCUCACAUGUUUGUAGCGUGAUUUCCCGUUGAAAAUUCGAUUCGCUGUCGGAUAGUAAGGAUGAGUUUAAAGAUCGGAACAUCAUAUCCGUGAUAGAAAUAUUCAAGAUGAUGAUAUUACAUUACACGAAGCAGAGAACUUUUCACGUUUCCGACGAUGGCGAAACUACAGAUUUCCUAAGGCACGAUAGAUCUGAGUUUCCCUGAAGAAAUCAAGAAGAUCGAGGAUUGUCGUUUUCGGCACAAAAAAUCAAUAUGUCCACUACGGAAUCGUGCGAUGGUGAUACAAGUCCGACACGUCGGCCAAGGGAGAGCAGAAUUCAUAGCGUUAGUCUACCAGCUAGAACUUCACUACUUCCGCAACCGCCGCUCACCGGAAAUGAUAUACCGCCGCCAAUACCACGUCGACAUUCUGCUACUCCAGCGGUAGCACCACCUCCGAUUCCGCUGAGGCCGCCAGCGAUUCCGAAGAGAAGCAAGAAUGAAAAACCUAUACCCCUGCAACCCACAUCCAGGCAAGACAAUCAGGUGACUCGUCGCAAAGCGAGUGAUCCUUCGUCCGCAUCGAGGAUGUUGGCUGCAUGGAACAAGAUAGACUCGACAAAUGAAAAACUUAUAGACUUGGGUCCUUUCAGAGAUCAAGAUCAGAAAUCACAGAAUUACUUACUAAGUUACGGCGAAAAAGAGGAGCAGAAGACGAAUGAGCAUAACGAUUUCGUGGUCGACUUCGAGAGAGCGAACUUUCAGGAAGGACGCAAGCUCGCGCAAAAUUCGAGCUUUGAGGAGCUGCAGAAGGCCUCGUUGGAUCUUGAGAAGAGACUCCACGAGAGAAUUGUUAAGAGCGCUGAGGCCAAGUUCGAAGACUCGAAUGGUCGAAUGGACACUCGUCAACGACAAGGAACUGCUACCGUUUCCCGACAUAAUAGACAACAAUUAUCGAAGUUUACGAAAGAAAACGAAUCCAGCAAUUCCGAGCAGAAAGAAUCAUGCGAAGGUAAACCCAGAGAAGAGACGUCGUUACCUCGAAGGGAGAUCUUUCCGAAGGAUGAAUCAAAGUACGCGACGAUUUUGGCAGCUAAUCGCGAGAAUCGAAGAUCAAAGUUCGAGGAGCUGCAAGCGGCCUCGAAGAAUCUAGAGAGACGUUUGCACGAAGAUGAUGAUCGUCGACGUCAGGAGAUGGAAAGACGCAUAAACAAGGACAAGCCACCUAGAUACGAGGACCUGGAAGGUAUCCCGCAGGAGCUCGACAGACGUUUCCAUAGCGAGCAGCAACAGCAUCAUCCAAUAACACGAAGCAAAUACGAAAGUGAUAUGGAGAGAGCCAGGAAUAUUCUACAACAUAAUCUCAGGAAGGAGCGAGGCGGCAGCGAGAAACUCGAGAAAUUGCCGAAGGCAACGCAGACGAAUCUACCACCGCCUCUGAGCGCCAUUUGUCAGAAUCCUGUACCGAAACCUAUCAGUGUCCGACAGGACAGUAACGUUUCCUCGGAUAGUUUCAGUCAGACCAGCUCGCCCAGUUAUACCAGCAAGACAAUGGAAGCACCUCUUCUGCCUCACAAGCAUGGCAAAGUCCCAGACAGAGCUUUGGUGUCGGAGCCUGACAACUCAUCUGGUAGGCCGAUAACGAAGUCGACAAGCACGCCGGCCAGUUUGCAGACCAUCGUCAGAAUUCAUGGAAACAAUAGUUCCCUGCAUCACAAAAUAAUCAAGGACAUGACUAGCAGCCACUACGUGACUACGGGAAGACUACGUUUCAGAUUUAUACAGAUUCUGCUUAAUGCCCUCGCCCUGUUGGCUAUUGCCGGCGGUAUAGCUGCGUAUCUCAAAACAAAAGUUCCCGAAAGUGACUUAAAGUUGGGCAAAGGAGCCAUGUACACCAUCAUCCCGAUAGCUGAACGCACGCAUUCAACGGAGGAUAAGAAUCCUGCCCCAGGAGUAUGUUUACCCAUCAUCGUGAACUUUUGUCAGCAACAUAAUGUUCCGUACAACUAUACCGUGUUCCCAAAUUACAUGGGCAAUUUCGGACAGCGAGAGGCCCAGCACGAAUUGGAGCUUUACGAUGCCGUUGUCGAUGUCAGAUGUUACGAAUUGGCAGCCCUAUUUCUGUGCAGCGUCUUCGUGCCAAAAUGCGGUUACGGCGGUCGUGUCGUAUUUCCUUGUCGCAGUCUCUGCCAUCAAACCAAGAGACGCUGCGGCUUCUUUCUCAAGGUUUUCGGUUUGUCUCUCCCGGAUUAUUUGGAGUGUGAACUCUUUCCCGAGAGUUCAAAUCCCGAUGAAUGCAUCGGAUAUUACGAAGUGAUCGAAGCAGAGAAAAGAGCCCAGAGAGCGACAUGCAACAGCGGUUUUCAAUGCGACCGUACAAGAUGCAUUCCAUUAGAUUGGCGAUGCGACGGUCACGUCGAUUGUUCCGAUCAGAGCGACGAGACCGGAUGUGGGAUGUGCAGUUCCAACUCGUCGUCCUCAGUGUCGAUGUCGACGCCCAUCAUAUUCGGCAAGAUACUCAUGGGACCCUCGGCCGAAAGUGCCGUCACAAGUUCUUCGUUACCGCGUUAUUGCGGCGAAAGGAAAUGCAUGUCGGCCAGUCAUAUCUGUGACGGAGUUAGGGAUUGUCCUCGGGGGCAGGACGAGCGGAAUUGCAUGCGAUUGAGCAACAGGAACGGGGAUAUUGGUGAGGGACGCUUGGAGGUAUAUCACGCUGAAAUGGGUAGAUAUAUGCCAGCAUGUAUCGCGAAUUCGAAAUUAACGUCGGCGGAAAAGAUUUGUGCCAUGCUGGGAUAUAGGGCCUCCCUCGGAUUGACUUUGCUGAUGAAUAACACAACACAGCCUAACCUGAAUAAUAAUAUCGAAUGGGAGAAUUUCCCUUUGUUGAGACAAUUUCAAAGUUGCAUCAAGGAGCGGGAGCCUUAUCCUAUGACCACGCUUACUUGCGAUGGAUACGUUUGCGGCCGCAGAAACGUUAACAAGACGAGAGUGAAACGAAUAGUGGGUGGUAUGGAAUCAUCACCUGGCGAUUGGCCAUUUCUCGCAGCUAUUCUGGGUGGACCCGAACAGAUAUUUUACUGUGCCGGAGUUCUCAUUGCCGAUCAAUGGGUUCUGACUGCGUCUCAUUGCGUGGGCAAUCAUUCGGAGAUAUCCGGUUGGACGAUACAGCUAGGUAUUACUAGAAGACUCUCUCAUUCUUAUCUGGGACAAAAAUUAAAAGUGAAACGUGUGAUCGCUCAUCCGAAUUACAACUUGGGUGUCGCUCAUGACAACGAUAUCGCGUUGUUCCAGCUGGAAAGGCGAGUUCACUACAACGAUCAUCUGAAGCCCGUAUGUUUACCAACUGCUGCCACUAAUCUUAAACCCGGUACACUUUGUACCGUCAUCGGCUGGGGCAAGAAAAAUGAUACCGAAUCAUCUGAAUAUGAGCCGACUGUAAACGAGGUCAUAGUUCCUGUUUUAAAUCGACAAAUCUGCAACAUGUGGUUAGCGCAUAAAGAAUUGAACGUCACCGACGGGAUGAUUUGCGCUGGCUAUUCGAGUGGAGGAAAGGAUGCAUGUCAGGGCGAUUCCGGAGGGCCUCUAUUAUGUCAGGAUAGUCACGACAAUGAGAGAUGGUUCGUCGGGGGGAUCGUUAGCUGGGGCAUAAAAUGCGCUCAUCCAAAACUGCCCGGAGUCUAUGCUUACGUGCCCAAAUAUGUAUCGUGGAUUAAAAGAGAAAUGUCGAAGUAUUCCGAGGAUAAUAAAAAUAACGAAGAAACGUAAUCAAUCGAGAUAUUCAACAAGUCGGAUAAAAUUGUAGACAAUAUCGAAGUAAAAUAAAAGUAGAAAAAGGAUGGACUUUCCUAUCAGCUGACGACGUAGAAAGAAUCGAAAGUAAAUAUGUGUGGUCUGAAUUGUCUUCAACAUCGUUCAUGGAAAAUAAUAUUUUCUACAUAUCUGAGAAGAGAGAAGAGAGCUGAGUAGAAGAUCAUUAAUCUCGUCAAUUGAAUAAUCACGGAUGGCAGGAGCCGAUAUGAGCAGGCAAUCGUGAAUGUUUGCUGAGCUUUGAAUAAAUACCGACGCAAUGCGAUCAAUCUUUCCUCGAGUGAUAACAGUAAGAUUAAUCGACCGCAAUCGUAGCAGGAAAAAUUCUCCUCAUAUCGUGAAUUAACAUCCCCGAAUAUUGGAUAUUUGCUAUCGCAGUUUUCUCAGUCAUAGCUCGUCUGACUAAACAUCAAGUUUCAUCCCUUCGCGAUUUUUCGUAAGAAGAAUUAUAAGAUAAGCCACUCGAACAUGGAGAACCAGAUAAUCGGAAACAUAUAGGAUACACUACUGUAUUUAAAUGAAGCUGCAUACGAAUGCUGUGGAGGUUUGCGUACAUAAGUUCAAAUAAAAUAAGCCAUUUUCUAGGAAAUUACUAGAGGAUCAACAUGCCGACAUGUGUGUACUUUUGGUAUUGAAAUAAGAAAACAAAAAAAAAACUUGAGGCUUUGUGCACAAAACGAAAAUCACCGCAUAUGAUGCGACAAAAAAUAUUUUGUAUCGCUGCCGAUUUUAGGACAGCCGUAUAUGAGCCACCAAGUGGUCGAUACUCUUGAUUUAAAGGGUGUGCGUUUAACGGUAUUCAUUGAUAAUUAACGUUUAAAUGGUAUAUGAGUCGUUUUUGAGAGCGGAAUAAGCGAUGUAAUUAAUAUAAUAGAUUAUACAUUUUAGGAUUUAUGCGAUUCCUAUUUUAUAAAACACAAAAUUUUUUAAUCUUUCGUUUACAAUGACGUGGAUAAGCAUAAUAAAAAACAACUGAAUUUAUCAUUUAACACUUUGUAAAAUCCUCCUAAAUAUUUCCUGAAAUACGGAGAUAAAUUCGACUUACACCGUCGUUCUAUUUCUAGCGACUUAUAUAUUUGUAUGACAAUUUGUAUGACAAUUAUAUAGAAGAUCUGUGAUUUUUACGAACAAUCCUCUUGCGUACAAAUAGGAAAGUUACAAUCGUUAUUUUGAAAUAGCCUCUUUCAUUUUACAUCUUAUAUUCCUGUGUAAAAACAAGUUAAAAA